AUGAAGAAAGAAAGUCUAGAACCCUCGGCAUCAGUGCUCUCAUUAUUGACAUUUUGGUGGAUAAAUCCAUUGAUAUUCUUAGGCUAUAAAAGAGCGCUCACUUCAGAGGAUUUGUGGGAAUUGAGUGAAGAAAAUAAAACAGAAUAUAAUUCCGAGUUAUUUAAGGAACGGUUGCGACAAAACCAGCGGAUAAACCGAAAGGGAAUUCUUGGACCACUUCUCACAACUUAUUGCUUUUCUAUCGCUUUUAUAGUUGUAUUGAAGUUUAUCCUCAGUUUCCUUCCGUAUGUGAACCCAUCGGUACUUAAUUGGCUCAUAGACUACAUGAGCGAAGGGAACACAGAACCGGAAUGGCGGGGAUAUCUCUAUGCGAUCAUUAUGUUUAUGUCACCAAUGAUUGAAUCGCUGAUUGCGACUCAGUAUGACUUCUACGACGCUAUCGUUGCCCUCAGAAUCAGAUCGUGUUUAACAAAUGCUAUCUAUAAAAAGAGUCUCCGGUUGUCGAGCGCCGGACGAAAUGACUUUACGAUCGGUGAGAUUAUAAAUCUCAUGUCUAUCGAUACGCCACGGAUUGCAGAGUUGGUGCAGAUAGUGAACGAGACGUGGUCUGCGCCCCUGCAGAUCAUAUUUGCCAUGUAUUUAUUGUGGCAACAGUUAGGGGUUGCGGCCAUCGCUGGUCUGGUAGUGAUGUUACUCCUUAUACCAGUGAAUGGUUAUAUAUCAGGAAAGUUGCGAUUCAUUACAAGCCAUCUCAUGAAAUACAAAGACAAGAGAAUCAAAUUAAUGAACGAAAUCUUGUGCGGCAUUAAAGUGUUGAAACUGUACGCAUGGGAGCCAUCAUUUGAUGACCAGGUUAUGCAUAAACGCGACCACGAGAUCAAACAGUUAACCACAAGAGCCUAUGUUAUGAGUGCAAUGAUUUAUGUCUUCUAUUUGGUACCAUAUCUGGUAGCGGUGACUAGUUUUAUGACAUUCGUGUGGAUCAGCUCAUCAAAUGUGUUGACCCCUCAGAAGGCGUUUGUCUCUCUCGCUCUUUUCAAUCAAAUGCGGUUCCCAUUGAAGGACUUUCCGCGACUCAUCUCUUUCUACGCUUUGUUUUCAGUCUCAUUGAAACGCAUUAAUAAGUAUAUGUCUGGCGAUGAGAUCGACUCCGAGUCUAUCACAUAUCGUAUUAACAGCAAUGAGGCUAUAGUUGUAGAGAAGGCCUCCUUUAGUUGGAAACGAGGAGAGAGUGCUAUCCUCUCUGAUAUAUCACUUACUGUACCUAAGAAUCAGUUGAUAGCAGUGGUGGGUCAGGUCGGCGCAGGAAAGUCAUCCCUUUUGUACGCUUUAUUGGGAGAUAUGUUUAAACUGAAGGGAAGUAUUAAUAUAAGCGGCAAAAUAGCGUACGUUCCCCAACAGGCGUGGAUUCUGAACGCGUCUCUCAAACAGAAUAUUGUUUAUACGAGCGAUGAAAACGAUAUCAAACUCAACACAAUUCUCGAGAAAUGCGCUCUUCUUCCCGAUCUGGAAGUGCUUCCGGGCGGACACAACACAGAGAUCGGCGAAAAAGGCAUUAAUUUGUCGGGGGGACAGAAGCAGAGGGUAUCGAUAGCGAGGGCCUGUUAUUCUUCAGCUGAUAUUUUUCUAUUGGACGAUCCGUUGUCCGCAUUGGACGCCAAUGUAGUCAAACACGUGUUCAACGAAGUGAUUGGACCAAAUGGUAUGCUUAAGGAUAAGACCAGAAUUCUGGUAACGCAUCGCAUAUCAGUGUUGUCUGAAUGCGACCAAAUUGUGGUCAUGAAAGACGGACUCAUCUCCGAAAUGGGCUCUUAUAAGCAAUUAUUGGAAAAUAGAGGAGAUUUCGCAGAAUUUCUUAUGUCUCACAUUAAUGAAGGAAAUGAUGAGGACAUCGAUGAGGAAGAACUCAAACUUCUUGCAGAUGUGGUUAACAAAGACAGUAUUAUUAGGCAGAGAUCAAACACUAGGAGCUCCGGUAGCUCUUCGCUGAGGCAACGAACGAUUAGCAACGCAUCCAAAAUAAGUGCAAAUAAAGAGAUUAGUAAAUCAAUGCCAAAAGAAGAGGCGAAGAAUAUUUCAAAGUUAAUUGAAGCCGAAAAGUCUGAAACGGGAUCCGUUAAGCUGUCUGUGUAUUGGGAUUAUCUUCAGAAGAUUGGUCUAUUAGGUGCCUGCGGUGUCCUUCUGGCACAUAUGGGCGCCAUUUCAUUGAACAUAGGGUCGAGUCAAUGGCUAUCCAUUUGGAGCGAAGAUUCUAAUGAUCCCAAACUAGUGAACGACACUCAACUCCGAGACACAAGACUCGGAAUAUACGCUCUGUUGGGCUCCGGAGAGUCCAUAAUGUUGUUUAUCGCAACCCUAACACUCAAUUUGGCGACAAUAAGAGGCGCCCGACUGUUGCACAGAGAUAUGUUGGACCACAUAUUUCGGGCGCCGAUGUCCUUCUUCGACACGACACCAAUGGGUCGAGUGUUGAAUCGUUUCGCCCGAGAUAUCGACGUUUUAGACACUCAAUUGGACGUCAAUAUCCGAAAUGUGUUGACACAGAUCUUUCGAGUCUUAUCGGCGUUAGUGGUGAUGGCUUUUGUGGUGCCGAUAGUACUGGUGUUUGUGCUUCCACUCGGACUCGUAUACCUGAUAGUACAGCGCCUAUACAUUCCCACAUCGCGACAGUUGAGGCGAAUAGAGUCGACCACUCGAUCGCCCAUUUAUUCAUAUUUCUCGGAAACACUUUCGGGUGCGACCAGUAUUAGGGCAUUCGGUUCGGGCGACCGGUUUGUGGACGAGUUUAACAAAAAGAUUGACUUAAAUAACACGAGUUCUUUUACCACAAUAUUGGCCACUUGUUGGCUAUGUAUUCGUUUGGAAUUUUUAGGCUAUUUAAUAAUAUUUAUCAAUGCCUUAUAUGCGGUCCUAAACCGACACACAUUAAGUGCCGGCGCCGUCGGCCUAACGAUGAGUUACGCGCUCACAAUAACUCGUGCCUUAAAUUACUUGAUUAUUGUGGUCACUUAUUUGGAGACCAAUAUUGUGUCCGUUGAACGUUGUCUUGAAUACACACGCAUUCCGGUUGAGGCAUUGCAACGCAAACCCGAGACCCGACCUGACGACGGGUGGCCACAGAAAGGUUGCAUCACUUUUGAGAAUUAUAGCACCAGAUAUAGGGAUGGAUUGGAUCUGGUCUUGAAGAAGAUAUCAUUGACUAUAAAUGGGGGAAAAAGAGUGGGAGUAGUCGGCAGAACAGGUGCCGGAAAGUCGUCGCUAACGUUAGCUCUGUUUCGACUUAUAGAGCCGGUCAAUGGACUCAUUGACAUCGAUGGCAUAGACAUCAGUGCUAUAGGUUUGUAUGAUUUGCGGUCUCGGGUAACAAUCAUACCUCAAGAUCCGGUGCUCUUCACCGGUACUUUGAGAUACAAUUUGGAUCCGUUUGACACGUACUCAGACUCCGAGAUAUGGUCGGCACUAGAAUUGUCUCAUUUGAAGACAUUUGUUGGUUCAUUGGAUGCCGGACUCGACCAUAUGCUGGCCGAAGGCGGCGAUAAUUUGAGUGUCGGUCAAAAGCAGUUGGUAUGCCUCUCGCGAGCGCUGUUACGCAAAUCCAAGAUCAUUGUGUUGGAUGAGGCGACCGCUGCCGUCGAUAUAGAAACCGAUGACUUGAUUCAGAGCACUAUAAGGACUGAGUUUAAUGAGUGCACUAUUGUUACGAUCGCUCACCGAUUGAAUACAAUUCUUGAUUACGAUAUGAUUGUUGUGUUGAAUAGAGGAGAAGUUGCGGAAUACGAUUCUCCCAAAGCUCUACUCAGACUGAGUUUAAUGAGUGCACUAUUAGGAGAAGUUGCGGAAUACGAUUCUCCCAAAGCUCUACUCCAAAAUACCGACUCUAUAUUUUACUCGAUGGCCAAGAGUUCAGGGCAUAUCUGA